UUAAAUAAGCAUUUAAAUGUGAAUGUAGAAGCUCAGGAAUGUGUGUCACCACCAUCAUCAUCAUCAUCACCUUCAUCAUCCUCAUCAUCACCACUAACACGGGACGGUGAGGACGGCAGUGAGCAAGUAGAGGAGCUCGGAACUCCGUGUAGAAGAGAUGCUGUGAGUCUGACCGGCAUCAUCAUCAUUACCUUCAUCAUCCUCAUCAUCACCACUAACACGGGACGGUGAGGACGGCAGUGAGCAAGUAGAGGAGCUCGGAACUCUGUGUAGAAGAGAUGCUGUGAGUCUGACCGGCAUCAGCGAGCUGGCUGCUGUCCAACACAAGCGCCUCCUGAAGCCGUCUGUGCGAUCUGAGGAAACACCCAUCUGCAUCCUGUCCGAGUCUGUCCGAGUCUGUCCGAGUCUGUCCGAGUCCGAGUCUGUCCGAUUCACCUCAUUCAGCAGCUGCUCCUGGGACCGAGAGGAGUUGGACAUCAGACAUCAGACCGUGUGCUGAGACGUGGAGCUGUUCAUUUUCCCUUCAUUUAAAACAUCAUGCUGGACUAGUGCUGAAUGAGAAGACACUUUUCACCAUGAGCAUGAACGGCCCAUACCAGCACCCCAGCUACAGUGGAGGAAGUGGAGGCCACGGUCACGAGUCCAUCUCCUGUUUCCGAUGCAGUAACGUGUGUAAAGGAGAAGUGGUGCGAGUGCAGAACGUCCACUUUCACGUCAAGUGUUUCACCUGCCAGGUUUGCGGCUGUGACCUCGCCUGUUCCGGAUUCUUCCAGCAGGCCGGUGAGUACAUCUGCACCGAGGACUACCAGCGGCUUUACGGCACUAAAUGUGACAGCUGCGGUGAAUUCAUCAGCGGGGAAGUGGUAUCAGCUCUGAACAGGGCGUACCACCCCAAGUGCUUCGUCUGCACCAUCUGCAGGAAGCCGUUCCCCAUCGGAGACAGGGUCACCUUCUGUGGGAAGAAGUGUGUGUGUCAGCAGUGUUCACACACACUCAUGAGCAGCAACGAGCCCGUCAAGAUCCACGGGCCGAGUCACUGUGCGGGCUGUAAGGAGGAGAUAACUCAGGGUCAGUCUCUCUUGGCUCUGGAGAAACAGUGGCACGUCAGCUGUUUUAAGUGUCAAACCUGUGGCACCGUCCUGACCGGAGAGUACAUCAGCAAAAAUGGGAUUCCAUACUGUGAGUCUGAUUACCACCGUCAGUUCGGCAUCAGGUGCGAGACGUGCAACAGAUACGUCAGCGGAAAAGUGUUGGAGGCCGGUGGAAAGCAUUACCACCCUACGUGUGCUCGCUGUGCACGCUGCCAGAUGACGUUUGCUGAAGGAGAGGAGAUGUACCUGGCAGGUUCCGAGGUGUGGCAUCCGACGUGUAAGCAGGCUGCGAGGACGGAGAGGAAACUCAGGCUAAGACGAACCUCAGAGGCCUCUAUCUCUCCUCCUGGCUCCAGUAUAGGAUCUCCCAGCCGGGUCAUUUGUUCUCUGGGAACUCUCUCUGUGUAUUCUCAGGAUAUCUACGACAGUUUGGACCUCAGACAUCGGCGUUCCUCCAGCCCGGGCUACAUCGACUCACCCACUUACAGCCGUCAGGGAACGUCUCCCGCCGUGCCGCGCUCUCCUCAGCUCUACUACCGCUACGGCCCCGACAGUGGCAGGAGUUCUCCGUGUUACAGUCGGCUCCACGCCAGGUCCAGCAUGUCCGCCAUGUACCAAGAGCCCAAGCAUUUUCACCUGCCAGCCAGCAGCGAGGCCAACAUCUACAGCAAGCCACCCAUCUAUAAGAGACACGCUGCGAAGAAUAAAAACAACGAAGAAAUUCUGUCGUCUCCUUUUUCAUCACCGGAUCACUUCCAGCACUAUUACAACUACGCUGGCUCACCGAAAGUUCCUCGAGCUCGCCGGUUCUCCUCAGGCGGAGAGGAAGACGGUUGGACUCAGAGCAUUAACAGAAUCCAGGCUGGAAUCGGGAGGAUGAUCCUGAAGGAAGAGAUGAAGGCCAGAUCUGGUUCCUAUGACAACGACCCCUGGGCCAGUGCACGGAACUCUCGCAGUGGCAGCAAAGAAACGCUGUCCGGUCUGGGAUAUAGUAACACUGUAAACGGCUCUCCCAGAUCGCAGUACAGCACAGACAGUGAUCCAUUCAUCUCAAAAUCAGCUUCAUUGCCAGGUUAUGGCAGAAACGGUCUAAACAGGCCCCACAGUGCAGAUUACUUCCACUAUGACAGCACCAAUGCAGUAAACUGGGGAUUUAGAGAAUACAAGAUUUAUCCGUAUCAGGAUCUCGUCGUCACCGUCCGCGGUCGUAACACGCUGCCUGGUGACGUGGACAGGACGAGAUUAGAGAGACACUUGUCCCCUGAGGAGUUCUACCAGGUGUUCCGGAUGACGAUGGGCGACUUCGAGCGCUUGGCGUCGUGGAAACAAAACGAGUUAAAGAAGCAGGCGAGGCUGUUCUAGAAUCUCAGGACCAACAAGCAGAGAGCUCUGGAGGGUUAAAGAUCCGACCCGGAGACGUGUUCCUUCAAACCGGACACGAUGAAGCUUUCAUCUCCUCCGCCGUAGACCGACUGACAAGCCAACGAGACUCCGUCCAGAUCCACUCACCUACAAACAUGACUAAACGACUAAAGUGCGUGUGGCUCGUUUUGAUUUUAUUUCCCACUCCGGAAGAAUUCUUAAAACUUCAGGUUGCACCAUGCGGACGAAGUGUGUAAUAGAACGUUGCCUUAUACGUGAAAAAGUCAGGUUAACACCAGCAAGCGCGCAGAGAGACGAAGAACGUCGUCGGACAUACGGAGGUCUUUCACCUGUGAGCGAGCGUCUUGUGAAUAUUUUGCAAAACCAAAGUCUUAUGGAAGCGCCUAUGGAACUGUGCCAUAAUUACACACAAGCUUUCUUCUUCUUCUUCUUCAGGUGAACAACGAAUGAGAUGAUUUAUGAACGAGUCGAAUGUACGUUAAGUAAAAAUGGGUCAUCAGGACUAGACGCUACUUGAAUUAACUUGAAACGAUGCAGCGUUAAAGAAAUUCCUAACAUUUUAAAAGAUGUUUACUUAAAUUUAGCCAUCUUUGAUCAUUCCUUUUUGCCUUAAUUAACAAAAGUUUAAUUAUAAAAAUUCAGGAAUAUUUACUGACCACAAAUCAGCCGUGUUCGUUUGCUUCUCUCUCUCUCUCUUUAUAUAUAUAUAUAUAAAAACACAUACACACACACUUUAUCUCAAGUGGCUUAAAAAGUUCCCUCCAUUUUAGAUGAACGUUAUUACAUCUGAUUUAAAAUCCAAGCGAGCAUUAAGGAGACGUAACCAACACAAGACAGUCGUGUUUUUGGAUCCGGUUGUAAAAUACACAUUUUUCACAUCACAAAACCUUCAGAUCAGAAAGAUUUCUGCAGCUGCUCUGUAAAUGCCUUUAUUAUUAAGUCAAGUGUGUAACUCCAUAUCAUUUCUUUUUUUUUUUUUAAAUAAUACUGUUAAUUACUUUAAGGAUCUUAUGAGCAGGUUUCGGCUGAUAAAGAAAGACGUGGAGGAAAUCCUGACUUUUAUAGACAAAGUAUGAUUAAUGAACUUAAAUGAUUAAUUAAAUAUGUGUAA